AUGGCAGGACCAACAAUGCAUAGCUCAAUGUGGCGCAGCCACGACGAUAGCAAGCGCUAUGAAGCAGCCAGCACUAGCAGCCAGCUGGAGGUGGCAAGUGGCAAGUGGCAAGUGGCCGUAUCAGUGGAUGCUAUAAAGUGCAGUAAAAAUAAGGCAAAGCUGCCGUGGUUGCUAUUAUUUUAUAUGGCUUCAUAUAACCAACCCAGCGUCCGUCUCCGCCUGCAACACUACUGCGAAGCAACUACAACUAGUAAAAGCAAAUACUCUACACAUACGCUGCCAGAGCGUUUUGCGCUCAGCCAUCUCCAGCCCACCACCAACCGCAUUAGCAGCUGCAAACUGUUGUUACAUUUGCGCCCCAGCCGCCAAGCGCUGCGCCACACACUGCAUGCAACCGUCCUUGUGCUGCUCGCUCUCUUGCUCAGCAAUUGGAUAGCACAGGCCUCGGCCGCCGUCGCUGUUGCUCCUCAGUCGCGCUCCGAGUUGCCGCCAACUAGUAAACCCACACACACGCCGCCAUAUACCCAUGUUGGCGCCGUCUACAACGUCGACGCCGAUAUAUCAUUGUUGAGCGCCGCCACCAACACCGAUGAGUUCAACUCUAGCUCGUUUAUCUCUUCCGCUAACGCUACUGCUGGCGUUAUCGGCCUCACAGCGACGGCGUUCAGCAAUGACACCGGCGCUUCUAGCGACAGCGCGAGCAACAACAACAGUAUUAGUCCGAGUUAUGUGGCAGCGGGUGGUGGAGUGGGCAGUGCGAGCGCAGCGCUUAUCACGACUAGCAGCAUUUGGGAUCCUAUUGUGGGCGCAAUCCCCACCGACAUUAGCUUCGCACCAACGCCGACGGAGCAGGGGUCGCACGAAGAAGGCUAUGACGAGAUUGCCUUGCCGCCCUGGCAUGUAAUCGUUGUCAGCAUUAUUCUAUUGCUCAUCAUCAUCGGCACAGUUAUUGGCAAUGUGCUCGUCUGCAUAGCCGUGUGUAUGGUGCGCAAAUUGCGACGUCCUUGCAAUUACCUGCUCGUCUCGCUGGCGCUCUCCGAUCUGUGUGUCGCGCUGCUAGUCAUGCCCAUGGCAAUGCUGUACGAGGUGUUGGACAAGUGGAAUUUUGGACGUAUACUCUGUGACGUUUGGGUCUCGUUCGAUGUGCUCUGCUGCACUGCCUCCAUACUGAACUUGUGUGCCAUUUCCGUGGAUAGAUAUUUGGCCAUUACCAAGCCGCUAGAGUAUGGCGUGAAGCGUACGCCGCGACGCAUGAUGGCCUGCGUGGCUUUGGUGUGGUUUGUGGCGGCGAGUAUUUCACUACCACCACUACUCAUACUGGGCAAUGAGCAUUUCGACGAACAUGGCACGCCCAUUUGUAUUGUGUGUCAGAAUUUCGCAUAUCAAAUCUAUGCAACGCUAGGCUCUUUCUAUAUACCACUCUCCGUCAUGCUCUUCGUGUACUAUCAAAUAUUUCGCGCUGCCCGCCGCAUAGUGCUGGAGGAGAAGCGCGCCCAAACACAUUUGCAACAUGCGCUCAAUGGCACCGGUUCACCACCGGGCAACACAGAUCUAACUGUGGUGGGUAGCGGCAAUGGGCAACGCCACAGCAGCUAUGGCAAUACGUCGCUCACAUAUUCGACUUGCGGUGGACUGAGCACUCAUCAUACGGGCGGUAGUGGUGGUGGUGUAAGCGGUUCGAGUGGCCUGCUCGGUUCACCGCAUCACAAGAAGCUGCGCUUUCAGUUGGCCAAAGAGAAGAAAGCUUCCACCACGUUGGGCAUCAUCAUGUCCGCGUUCACCAUUUGUUGGCUGCCAUUCUUUAUACUCGCGCUGAUACGACCGUUUGUCGAAUCGGAGACAGUGCAUGUGCCGCACUCGCUCUCCUCCCUGUUCCUAUGGCUGGGCUAUGCCAAUUCAUUGCUCAAUCCCAUCAUAUACGCCACAUUGAAUCGCGACUUCCGCAAACCAUUCCAGGAGAUACUCUAUUUCCGCUGCUCCAGUCUCAAUACAAUGAUGCGUGAAAACUACUAUCAGGAUCAGUAUGGCGAACCGCCAUCGCAGCGUGUGAUGUUGGGCGAUGAGCGGCAUGGGGCGCGGGAGAGUUUCCUUUGAAAUUAGGCAGCUUAAGGACGCCAAGCAGAGCAGAGUGGGUGGGGCGGAGAGGCAAGGGCGUUGCGGUUAUUAAAUGUUGAUGGGUUGUUCAACCAAUAAGUCUUUUUUGUUUCUUUCGUGUGUGUGUGUGUGUGUGUGUAUAUGUGUCUAAUUGUAGUUUCAGUGUUUCAAAGCGUUUUAA